GAUAGGUCGAAGGGCCGCUCCACAGAGGGCUGGGGCUCUAAGCCAUGGGUCACGGGCAACAAAAAGGCCAGUGCCAUGAGGCGCUCAGAGGAGUACCCGUCAGAGUUCUGCGAGGCUGUGGCAACGCUCGUAAUCAACGACCUGGCCUAG